AUGCCCUCCUCCGCCAUGCUUUCCGACGUCGCUUCAGAGGGAUACAGGGCAGAGACGAUGGAGGUGACGAACACCCACUCUGUCCGAGCACAGAAGACCCGGGUAUCCGAGGAGUUCAAGGAGCUGGAGAAGAACGAUCGUCUGCUCAAGGAGAAUCCGCGCCGCUGGGUCAUGUUCCCCCUGCAGUACCCGGAGGUCUGGGAGAUGUACAAGAAGCACGAGGCGUCCUUCUGGACAGCCGAGGAGAUUGAUUUGGCACAGGACAACAAGGACUGGGCGACGCUCAAUGAAGGUGAGCAGCACUUCGUGAAGCACGUCCUGGCCUUCUUUGCGGCAUCUGACGGCAUCGUGCUCGAGAACCUCGCCUCGCAAUUCUCGACGGAGGUGCAGAUUCCAGAGGCCAGGGCCUUCUAUGGCUUCCAGAUCGCCAUGGAGAACAUCCAUUCCGAGACGUACUCGCUCUUGAUUGAGCAGUACAUCAAGGAUCCCGCAGAGAAGGACAGCCUCUUCGAUGCUAUCCACACCAUGCCGGCUGUGCAGCAGAAGGCUCUGUGGGCCGUGCAGUGGAUGAAUCGUGAGAGCAGCUUCACCGAGCGAUUGGUGGCCUUUGCCGCCGUUGAGGGCAUCCUCUUCAGCGGCUCCUUCUGUGCCCUCUUCUGGCUGAAGAAGCGCGGCCUGAUGCCGGGCUUGACCUUCUCCAACGAGCUCAUCUCCCGGGAUGAGGGCCUCCACGCGGACUUUGCGUGCCUGCUCUACGGCAUGCUGGAGCACAAACUCCCAGAAGACGUCGUUCACGAGAUGAUCCGCGGAGCAGUCGAAGUGGAGCGGGAGUUCAUCUGCGGGGCUCUGUCCUGUGAUCUGAUCGGAAUGAACAAGGACUUGAUGACCCAGUACAUCGAGUUCGUGGCAGAUCGCCUGUUAACGGCUCUGGGACACAGCAAGAUCUUCAACUCUUGCAACCCCUUCGACUGGAUGGAGAUGAUCUCCCUGCAGGGCAAGACCAACUUCUUCGAGAAGCGCGUCGGAGAAUACCAGAAAGCCGGGGUUAUGGCGGGUCUCUCGGACCCUUUGACGGCCUUCGCGCUGGACAAGGACUUCUGA